CUGCCCAGCCAUGGGGGACACUUUCAUCCGCCACAUCGCCCUCCUGGGCUUUGAGAAGCGCUUCGUUCCCAGCCAACACUAUGUGAGUAGCGUGAAUGGAGCAUCCAGUGGGGAUGACAUCACGGGCCCCAUCAUCCUUCAAACCUACCGUGCCAUUGCUGACUAUGAGAAGAGUUCACGCACGGAGAUGACCGUGGCUACUGGAGACGUGGUGGACGUCGUGGAGAAAAGCGAGAGCGGCUGGUGGUUUUGCCAGAUGAAGACAAAGAGAGGCUGGGUCCCUGCAUCCUACCUGGAGCCCCUUGACAGUCCCGAUGAGGCAGAGGACCCGGAUCCUGACUACGCAGGUGAGCCCUAUGUAACCAUCAAAGCCUACACUGCUAUGGAAGAGGAUGAAGUGUCCCUGUCCGAGGGUGAAGCCAUCGAGGUCAUUCAUAAGCUCCUGGAUGGCUGGUGGGUGGUCAGGAAAGGGGAUGUCACCGGCUACUUCCCAUCCAUAUAUCUGCAAAAGGCUGGGGAGGAGAUAACCCAGGCCCAGAGGCAGAUCCGAGGCCGCGGGGCACCACCGCGCAGGUCGACCAUCCGCAACGCGCAGAGUAUCCACCAGCGUUCUCGGAAGCGCCUCAGCCAGGACGCUUAUCGCCGCAACAGCGUCCGAUUCCAGCAGCAGCGCCGUCGCCCGGCGCAACCCCGGCCGCAGAGCGCAGCAGGCGCCAAGAACAAUACGCCGACCCCGAACACCAAGGCGCAGCCCGCCGUGCCCCCGCGUCCCAGCGCCGACCUCAUCCUGCACCGGUGCACAGAGAGCACCAAGCGGAAGCUGGCGUCUGCUGUGUGAGGGCGCGUGGCCGUCAGAAGGCGUCCCAUCCCUAUCCCUGUAUGUACUUGUAUAUAGCCUAGGGUCAGAGGUUC